AAAAAAGAGAGAAAAGACGAUAUCCUUUAAUAAAGGAUUGUAACUGUUAGCGAUUUGCUAUUUCUUUCCGCUUCGAUUGGAUCAAAGCCAGAGAGAGAAACAAAGGAGAUUUCUGUGGAAUUGUUUGUUCUUUAAUCCCUCCUCAUCGUGUUCUUCAUUCUUUUUCUUCUUCUUCUACUGCUAUCAACCGCUUUGAUUCAUUUUUUCGAUGAGUAACGAUUUGGUUUCUCAAUUUUCGCCUCUGUUUCAUCUCUCCUUCAUGAUUUCAUUCCGCAACCGUUUUUUUGCUUCUUGAUGAUGAUCUGUCCGGUCUUUUAGCCGUCAAUCCAAGGCCUUGACGGUGUUUCUGUCUUUUUCCCCGGGAUUUUUCGGCUAGGACUUGUUUUCAUUGAUCCUAGGGUUUUCUUUUUCUUUUUUCUUUCUGCGAGAAUUUUGUAUCAUGGAGCCGCGAGUUGGAAACAAAUUUAAACUCGGUCGGAAGAUUGGGAGCGGAUCGUUCGGAGAAAUCUAUCUCGGUACUAAUAUUCAGACGAACGAAGAAGUCGCGAUUAAGCUUGAAAAUGUGAAGACGAAGCAUCCACAGCUGCUGUAUGAAUCAAAACUAUACAAAAUACUACAAGGAGGAACUGGAAUUCCAAACGUGAGGUGGUUUGGUGUUGAGGGGGACUAUAAUGUUCUUGUUAUUGAUUUGUUGGGUCCUAGCCUCGAAGAUUUGUUUAACUUCUGCAGCAGAAAAUUGUCUCUUAAGACCGUUCUUAUGCUUGCUGAUCAGAUGAUCAAUCGGGUUGAGUUCGUCCACUCCAAGUCCUUUCUACAUCGAGAUAUCAAACCUGAUAAUUUUCUUAUGGGCUUAGGAAGACGUGCCAAUCAGGUCUAUGCUAUUGACUUUGGUUUGGCUAAAAAGUACAGAGACACUUCAACUCAUCAGCACAUUCCAUACAGAGAAAACAAGAAUUUGACAGGAACAGCGAGAUAUGCAAGCAUGAAUACCCAUCUCGGCAUCGAACAAAGCCGCAGGGAUGAUUUAGAAUCACUUGGAUUUGUUCUUAUGUAUUUUUUAAGGGGCAGUCUUCCUUGGCAGGGACUCAAAGCAGGAACCAAGAAACAAAAGUACGAAAAGAUUAGUGAAAAGAAAGUCGCCACAUCUAUUGAGGCCUUAUGUCGUGGAUACCCUACUGAAUUUGCUUCAUACUUCCAUUAUUGUCGAUCGUUAAGGUUUGAUGAUAAGCCAGCCUAUUCUUAUCUAAAAAGACUCUUCCGUGAUCUUUUCAUUCGUGAAGGUUUUCAGUUCGAUUAUGUGUUUGAUUGGACCAUUUUAAAGUAUCAGCAGUCCCAGAUAACCGCCCCACCUGCUCGUGCUAUUGCUGGUGCUGGACCAAGCUCUGGACUACCUAUGGCUGUGGCCAAUGCUGAUAGGCACCCUGGUGGAGAAGAAGGUCGACCACCUCCGAGUGGCUGGGUACCAGCAGACCCCCUGCGAAGGAGAAACUCUGGUCCAGUAACAGGCACUGGAAAUUUAUCAAAACAAAAGCCCCCAGCAGUAAAUGGUCCAGCUGUUGCCAAGGAGCAUAUACUACCAAAUUCCAAUAUGUUGUUACGUUCAAGUGGAUCAUCAAGACGAGCUGCCAUCGCUAGCAGUCAAGAUUUAGCUGCGCUUGGAUGUGAAACCGAUCCAUCUCGCCCUCCAAUUCCAGAUCCGAGUUCAGCAGCUCUACACAAAAUUUCUAGUGCAAGGCAUUCUCCUGUAGUAUCAGCAGAUCAGAACCGUAACGCCUCUGGCAGAAACGUAUCAAACAUCAGGAACUUUGAGUCAACUCUUAGGGGUAUCGAAAGCCUCCAUUUUAGUGGAGGAGAUGAGAAGGUAAAAUAUUAGUGGCUAACACUCAGCUCGCUAUCUAUCUUGUAAAUAUGGUCGGGCGGUUUGUUCUGCUUUCGUUUGUGUUUUAGGAAAGCAGCAGCAGAAACAACUUGGAAACGAACAUUUACUGUCACAAAAUGGUAGGAAGAGGAGAAUUACUACGUGGCUCAUCGAAGAAACUUGUCAAUGAAUGCCCCAUUUUUAGUCGCCUUAGGCAGUGGGAUUCAGUUUCUCUAAUUUAUUUGUUGAAUACUGUUCGUUGUAUUCCAUUUUACGUAAUAUUUUAUCCUCGGCGUUUCUUUCCA